AUGGCCGAACCCAUUCCAGCCCCAGUGCCGGACCCGUCGCCCCCAGAGCCCAGCAUCCACGACUUCCCCCUGCCGAAGGCGCUCACUUUCCCGGCCGCGACGGAGCCCAUCCUCAUUACCCAAGGCGCCGAGGGCCGCCUGUACAAGACCUCACACCUGCUCCCCUCGAUACCCUGCGCCCUCAAGCACCGGCCCUCCAAGCCCUACCGCCACCCGGUCCUCGACGCCCGCCUGACCCGGCACCGCAUCCUCGCCGAGGCACGCAUCCUGCAAAAGUGCCGCCGCGAGGGCGUCGCCGUGCCCGCCCUCUACGCCGUCGACGAGGCCAAUGGCGUCCUGGCCAUGGAGUGGGUGCCCGGCGCCCCCGUGCGCGUCCGCGUCAACGAGUGGCUGCGGCGGCGGCGCGAGGCGCGCGAGCAACGCGGUGAGGACGGCGCUGCAGAGGUUGCUGCCGACGAGGGCGUCCACGUCGAGGAGCUCGUAGGGCUUAUGCGCAGAAUGGGCGAGGCCGUGGGCCGGCUGCACAAGAGCGGGAUCGUGCACGGCGACCUGACGACGAGUAACAUGAUGCUGCGGCCGUGGGAGAGAGGCAAGGGCCCGAGCAAUGGAUAUGCUACUACUGCUGUGGAAGAGACUGAUGAGAACGCUUCGGAAGUAGCAGGGGCAGAGGUUCUGGAUGGGGAGAUUGUCAUUAUCGACUUUGGCCUAGCGAGUCAAGGCACGGCAGACGAGGACCGCGCUGUAGACCUGUAUGUCCUAGAGCGUGCAUUCGGGAGCACACAUCCCAAGGCGGAGGGCCUGUUCUCAGCAGUGCUGGAUGGAUACAGAGGUACUUUUAAAGGCGCACCCGUGGUAUUAAAGAAAUUGGAGGACGUGAGGAUGAGAGGCCGUAAGAGAAGCAUGUUGGGAUAG